AAUGUGAAUCAUGUGGUGCUAUUUUAACCAACCACUCAUGGAAAGUCAAGAAUAAAAGCAGCAAUAAUAAAUGCACAACCUGCCUUUAUUUCUCACUACAUUACAAUUCUUCAUUAGUCUUCACAACAGAAGAGUAAGGUCAAAAUGUCAGAAGAAAACAAUGUACAGCCAAGAAAAGCCAAAGUUCCGAUUGCUCGCAGAAUCCUACUUAAGAGAUUGAUGCUUGCAAGUGCAUGCAAGCAACUGGAAAAAGAAAAGAGCGAGCGAGAUACUGAGAAAAGUCGUAUGCUUAACGAGUGUGUGCCACAAUUUAACACGUCAAGUCUUUCAAUUCAGGAACUUCAGAAUAUCUGUAAACAAUUCCACCAGAAAAUUGAUCAUGUUGAUGCAGAGCGUUAUGAUGCUGAAGUUAAAGUGUCCAAGAAUGCCAAAGAGAUUGAAAGCUUAAACCAGAAGAUCUUAGAUCUCAAAGGCAAAUUCAAACGCCCCACCCUACGUCGUGUCAGAGUAUCUGCUGACGAAAUGUUGGGUGCUCUAGCAGAAAAUACUUGCAAAACCUCAUUGGAUUUGAGGUCGAAUCUAAAAUCAGUGAGAAAGGAAGAAGAAAAGGAACACAAACCAGUUGAAGUCCAUGACUGGCGUAAGAAUGUGGAAGCAAUGUCUGGGAUGGAAGGACGAAAGAAGAUAUUUGAUAGCGCUGCUCCUCCUCAGUAACAGAUCUACUGAUGAGGACUUGGAAAGCAUUCAGUUGUCAUUCACAAUUUAUCAUAAUAAAUCUCAGAAAGGCAAUUUUUUCAAAAUUAAACAUUUUAGAAAGUUACAUGCUCCGUAAAAGGAAAAUGCAUCUGAAAGACAGUAUUCCAACUGAGAUGUGGAGCCUCAUUUACAAGACUGAAUUGUAUGUUCAAUAAGAAUAAUAAGCCACUGGAUGAGU